AUGACAGACGCUGUGGACAAGCUCGCUGACGACGUUCAGGAGCUCAAACUUGAUUUGUCGACGCUCUCUCCUCUGAGCCCGGAGGUCAUCCAAAACCAGGCUACGAUCAAUAUCGGUACCAUUGGUCAUGUCGCCCACGGAAAAUCCACCGUCGUUAAGGCAAUUUCUGGCGUGCAGACUGUCCGAUUCAAGAACGAGCUGGUGCGCAAUAUCACCAUCAAGCUCGGUUAUGCCAAUGCGAAGAUUUACCGAUGCGAAAAUGAAAAGUGCCCAAGGCCCCAAUGUUACCGCAGCUACCCAUCGAGCAAAGAGCCCAACCCUCCAUGCCCGGUCCCUGGUUGCACAGGAAAGAUGAAUCUAUUGCGUCAUGUCUCGUUCGUUGACUGUCCUGGGCACGAUAUUCUUAUGGCUACCAUGUUGAACGGUGCUGCCGUCAUGGAUGCGGCUUUGCUCCUGAUUGCAGGCAAUGAGCCAUGCCCGCAGCCACAGACCUCGGAGCAUCUGGCUGCAGUGGAAAUUAUGAAGCUCCAGCACAUCAUUAUCCUGCAGAACAAGGUCGACCUUAUCCGCGAGCAGGCGGCUGAGGAGCACUGGAAGAGCAUCGUCAGCUUCGUGAAAGGGACAGUCGCUGACGGUGCACCGAUUGUGCCGAUCUCAGCCCAGCUCCAGUACAACAUUGAUGCCGUCAACGAGUACAUUGUGAAGCGUGUGCCUGUGCCGAUUCGCGACUUUUCUGCAACGCCGCGACUUAUUGUGAUCCGUUCCUUCGAUGUGAACAAGCCAGGCGCUGAAAUUGACGAGCUCAAAGGCGGUGUCGCCGGUGGCUCCAUUCUGUCUGGUGUACUGCGUCUUGGUCAAGAGAUUGAAGUUCGCCCAGGUAUUGUGACAAAAGAUGCAGAAGGCAAGAUUCACUGCUAUCCAAUCUACUCCCGAAUCGUGUCGCUACUUGCCGAACAAAACGUGCUCAAGUUCGCUGUCCCCGGUGGUCUUAUUGGUGUCGGUACAAAGAUCGAUCCAACGCUGUGCCGUGCCGACCGUCUCGUGGGUCAGGUUUUGGGCGAAGUCGGCAAACUCCCUGCUAUCUACACAGAGUUGGAAAUCAACUACUUCUUGCUCCGUCGCCUGCUAGGUGUCAAGUCAGAUGAUAAGAAGCAGACAAAGGUCCAGAAACUCACGCGCAACGAAGUACUCAUGGUGAACAUUGGUUCUACAUCUACUGGCGGACGUGUUAUGAGUGUCAAGGCUGACUUGGCCAAGGUCUUCUUAACCUCGCCGGCCUGCACAGAAGUCGGUGAAAAGAUCGCUCUGUCUCGUCGUAUUGACAAGCAUUGGCGUCUUGUCGGUUGGGGCAGUGUUCGCCGUGGUACUCAGCUCGAGGUCGAGGGCACAUCGCACUAA